AUGACAAGAGUUCUGAUCGACGACUGUCACCGGCAUUUGCAGAAGUACAAGGCUGAGAUCGAGGAGAACAGAAGACAGUGUGUCCACACUCUCGGCGAUUCUAUCGCCGCAGAUCUUGGGAAGACGAUCUCUGCUCUGGCGCACCACAGGCAAGCCAAGAAGAGAGAAGUUUUGGAACGGAAACUGACUAAGCUAAAACCACCAGGCACAGAAAGCUCAAACUUGGUCCACAACCUCUCGUCUAAGCAGCUAACAGAGCAGCAACUACGAGUGUUGCAGCAUGAAACGUGUUUCAACACUGCAGAUGCCGAUCCUGUCGACUUCAUUGCAGCCCUGGAAGCCAUGCUUGUGAGAAGUGAAACAUCCGACGACAUGAAACACUCCGUCCGACAGCGUGUUACCUCUUUGCUGAUGACACACAGACCAACCAAAGGUAUUUCACAGAGUGAGUCAAAGGCUAUGAGAGAACUGAGGAGGGACGACAGCAUGAUCAUUCUACCUGCUGACAAGGGACGAUCAACCGUCGUGAUGAAUAGAGAAGACUAUAAUGAAAAAGCUAAAACCCUUCUUGAUGACAGAGAAUUUUACAGACCAGCACAGAAGUCACAAGCCAAAGCAGUGGCAGAUCGGCUGAGUAAACUGCUUAGAGAAUACCGACAUAAAAAUGUGAUCACGGAGAAUGAAUGGCACCAAAUGAGGGCAACUGACACCGCUCUAGCCCGAUUCUAUGGUCUGCCAAAAAUCCAUAAAGCAAAUGUCCCACUUCGGCCAAUCGUUGCCCUAAAAGGCAGCCCCACCUACAAUUUGGCAAAGUGGAUGUACUCAAAACUGAAGUUCCUCCAAGGCAAUUCGACUACCUCAGUUCGAUCAGCCUCUCAAUUCCUCAUAGACCUCCGAGGUCGGAGAAUUCAAUCGGACGAAAUCAUGGUCUCCUUCGAUGUGACGUCGUUAUUCACAUCUAUCCCACCAAACGUGGCCCGCGAAGUCUUGCGCAAGAGACUUGAAGAGGCGUACGAUGAGACUCAGAAUGCCCUCAAAAUUGAACACCUCAUGAGGCUGUUUGAAUUCUGCCAACAAACUUUCUUCACUUUUGCGGGAGAGACCUAUGAACAAAUCAAGGGAACCCCAAUGGGCUCACCGGUCUCCGGUUUGGUGGCAGAGCUGGUCCUACAGGAGUUGGAAAAGAUUGCCUUCCUCCAACAUGAACCGGUGUUUUGGCGACGUUACGUUGACGACACGUUCGUCAUCGUAAAGAAGGACAUGCUGCAACAUUUUCACAGCCUGCUCAACGCAGUCUUCCCGGGUAUAAAAUUCACGAGAGAAUAA